UCAGAUCUACAGCUUUUCAGAAUUAUUCAGAUAACAUCUGUCUGAUAGUUGUGCAUCCAGUUGUUGGACUGAGUUCACAUUCGGCAUGCACCCUGAAUUUCUUAGGAUAUUUACAAUAACAAUUUGAUGGAUAUUAUUUAUUUACUUUGUUAUUUAGUGCCCACUUAGCUAACUGAGAAAGCAUAUUGUGAAAACACGAUUUGUCUUUCGGCUCUUCAUCUAAUUGUCUUUAAACAUAUUUAGCCAGCUGACUCUGCUUGUUUCAUCGCGCAUUGGCUACAGCCAUCAUAGUUGCUGAUAUCAGUCAACACAGUAGAAAGCCUGUGCAUGUUAUUCAACAUGCAAGAACACAACAUCAUGUCCAGCUAAUGCUAAAAUUACAAAAUGAUAAGAAGCCAUUAUUUAUCUCAGCUUACUUUACAUUUACUGUCACUGUGUACAGUGAUUGUAUGUUUACCAAAUUGGACUGCUACUGUUAAUCUUACAUUUCUCUUUGUGAGUUUGUAGUGCUGUCUGGGGAAUCAUUGACAAGUGCAUUGUUUGAAUUUCACAAGCACUGCCUGCUUCACAGUUACUCACUGUUAUUACUCACAACUACAAUCUGUUGUGCUGUGAGCUUGAGCUAUUAUUGGCUCAAGGAAAAGGCCUCCUUCCAGGUGUGUCACACUGAAACCAGCUCAGCCCUUUGGCUUCCCCACUUUCUAUUUGGGUUACUUGGCUUCAGGAGAGAGAGUGAAGAAGCAUUUGCUGAUCUUAUAGAGCUCAGCAUAAUGGGCUUUAAAUAGUAUUAAUUAAAUAGAUUUUCAUUUCAUUUAUUUUUAUUUAUUCUUUUUUUUUUCUUUUUUUAGGCUAUAACCUACUUAUAAUACACUAGCUCGUUAUGGAUAAUGUCUGCCAGCAGUAACUGGAAUGUUUCUGCUCCAGUUAACUUCGCUAUAUGUUUGGUCUAAACAAUGGAGGUCUUUGGGAGGCAAACAAGACAAUACCACAGGGAGCCGACAACAUGCCAGGCACAUUUUGGAUGUUUUACACAGAAGGCCUUCUCUACAGGCAGAUUAGGCUGGGGGUUAUCUCGUGGUUUCACAGCUAAAGUAGAAAUGCCUUUUCAAAUUUUGUUGACUGUGUAAGUGGGAUAAUAUGGGUCCUUUGGUUGUGGACACAGUGGAGGAUCUGAGGAAUAUUCAGCGGUCCUUAUGGGAACUGCACAAGCUGCUCACAGACCUGCCUGAUGACAUGCUUGAGGACAGCAUUGACUCUUCCUCCCCAGAGCUGGAUUACACUGCCUGCAGUAAUAAAAACACUGGCAACAGCCCACAGUCCAGCUGGACUCGGCAAUGGUCUGAUCAUCCAAGGCCAGCCCCUCAUACACAGAACUAUGACGAAGGGUUGAACAAUGAGUAUGCAUAUAAGGACGGAGCUGCUCGUAUUAAUGGACAUCGGAGUCCUCCUCAAAGUCAACCACUGCCUCACACCUGGAACCAGGAUCAUCAGUUCACACAAGCAGAUUAUACAUGCACAAGCAUGGGCACAGACAAAAUGACAGAGACCAGUGAUUUUUCCACCGAGUUUGAGUCUAAACCAUACCCUCAGGGUGCCAGUAAUCAUGUGGAAUAUAAUGGAGAAAGAGGAUACAUAGACAAGCAAAACCACCAAUUUCAAUCUGAAGUAUGUGACAGAGGUGCAAAUCAGUACAAGGUGAGCUACAAUCCUCAUCAUCCUGCCCAUCAGCCAAACAUGUUUAAGCCACAGGCUGCUCCGCAAGGUCAGUUUGACCAUCUGCAGAGAGAUUUCCUUGACUCGACACAACAAAAUGCUGACCGGGAGCAGCUUGCCCAGCUGCAGAUUUUGAACAAAGCUCAACAGAGGCAAAUUGAAGACUUGGAGCGAAAACUUGAGGAUUCACGGCGUAACAUGAGAUACCUCGAGCAUCAGUUUGUAAUCGUCAAAGAUGAAAAGGACGGCCUAGCAGUAAGUUUAAGGGAAGCGAGUCGAUUGAUUGAAGAAGCCAAGGAAAGAGAGGUCCAAAUGCAAAACAAGCUGAAGGCAAUGGAGCAGCAAAUACAGAUCCUCACUGAGAGAGACCACGAGAACAUGAAGAAACAGAGGGUGGCAGAUGCUGCGGUAGACAGCAUGAAGCAACAGAUGUUGGAGCUUCGCCGUUCUGACACGCUGUCCAGAGCGCGGGAACAGCAUGACAGAGACCUUGCCGUCAUAAAGGAGCAGCAUGAGGCUGCUCUGUUAGCCCUGCAACAGAAGCUGGACUCUACCUCUCAGGCUUUGAAUGAACAGCUUGAUAUUGGUCAGAAGUUACGGGAGCAUGUGAAGCUGUUGGAGCGCCAGAGAGAAGAAGAGCAGCUGGAGAGAGCCAGAGUGGUGAAUGCACUCACUCAGCGUCUGGAAGAGAGUCAACAACAAUGUGCCAAGCUGCUGCAGACAAAUUCAGUGCAAGAGAUGAGUCAAAUGCAAAUCAAACUACAGCAGGCACUGUCAGCCAAGGCCCUGAGUGAGAACAUGAACAAAGUUUUACAGGAGGAUAUGGCUGAUCUCAAGGAGCAGAUCGCUCUGUAUGAAUCUGCAGUGAAGCACGGUGUCAUUGUGAUAGACCUAAGCAGCAACUCGGAGAACCAGCUGUCUGAAUCCUGUGUGGAUUUGGGGUUGAAGAAAACAAACAGGAAAAAUGGCACACUUAAUAGUACUGCUUUGGCUCACCUGUCAGACUCUAAGCUGCCUAAGGAUGAGGCUUUAAGGUUGCUACGAGUAGAGAUGCAGCGCUGCCUGGGUAGUUUAAAGGGGAAGCGGCAGAAGAUCAACCAGCUGCAGGAGGAGCUCCAGCAGUGUCAGCGUCGAGUGAAUGAAAUGCAGAUUGAAUUAGAUGAAAGAAAACUUAACUCUGAGAUGAAAGAAACCAGCCAGAAGAAACAUCAAGACAUGACUGGAGACUCUCAAAAAGAGUUGAUGAGGUUACAGGAGGACAAAACACACUUGCAGGAACAAGUGGAGCUGCUAGAAAAGAAGAAUCAGGAGCUGAAAGAAAACGAGGAAAAACUGAAGUCUGCCAAUUCUGAGUUGUGCACCAAAAUGAGGGAAAUGAUCCAGGAGCUCGACCAAGAAAAGCAAGAAGCUGCUGAGAGAUCUGAGCGGAUUCAUCAGCAGUACAGGAAUGAUGUGGUUAACAGGAUCAGAACAGAACUCAUGCUGGAACAUGAUGCUCAGGUAGAGCGGCUGACGACACAGCACCAGCAGCAGCUUCAGCAGUUACAAAGCCAGCUCUCUGAAGCUAAUGAUAAGAUGCUGGCGGUACAAGAAUGUUACAUAUCUGUCUGCAAGGAGAAGGACUUGCUUGAAGAAAGCAUCCGCAGCAGAGAGAAGGAGGAGAAGUUGAUCAGAGAGGAGAGUGGCACAGCUAUGCAGAAGCUGAGAAGUGAGCUUGAGGCUCAGCAUCAGGCCUCAGUUAUGGAGCUGAAAGCUGUCUGGUCCAAAGAGAAAGAGGCUGAGUUCCAGCAAACACUGACUUCUCAUUUAGCUUCCACUGAGGCUGCAUGGAAGGAGGAGUUGCAAAAGAUGGAGAAGACCUGGGCCCAGAGGUUGGAGGAGGCUACAAGAGGGGAACAUCAAGAGGUUGCUGAGACAAGCUGUCAGACGGAUGAGAAUGAGGUCAGUUGGACAAUUUCUGCUGAGGAGUUGGACUCCAGGCUCAGUGCCCAGAGACAGCAGCUGCAACUGGAAUCUGAAAAUGUCAGAAGGAAAGCUGUGGAGGAAGCCAGGAAACGAGUCCAGAGAGAGCUGCAGGAGAAACACCUGGACGACAUGGCUAAACAAGUUGAAGGGGCAGUAACCAGAGCCUAUAAUCGCUGGAUUGAGGAUCUCACUUCACUGCCAGAAUAUCAAGCUGCUCUACAAACUGAGAAGGAGAAAUGGGAACAACUGCAAGAAAAACACACCCAACAGAAGGUGUCCCAAGCCCUGAAGGAGGCGGAAGAGCAGUGGCGCAGGAAGCACAAGAACCAGCAGGAGGAGAACGGCUCUGGGCCACAAAGGAUGGAGGAGCUGCAAGAGGAACUGGCAGCCCUCCAGAGCCAGCUGGAGCAAGUGACCAGAGAGCAAGCUGCCUUAUUGAAAGCUGAGCUGGCUGGAGCGAGAGCAGCCUGGAACAGAGACAAACAGCAGGAGAUCGCCAUCAUCCAGGCCCGCAGUGAGCAGGUAUAUCAAGCCAAGCUGCAAGAGCAGUGCAAAAAGCUGGAGCAGGCUGUAUUCCAAGCCAGAGAAGAUGCUGAUCUCCAAAAGAAUGAGCUGCUCCUACAGAUGGAGGCCAAGCUUCAGCAAACUGUGAGUGCUCGUGAGGAGGAGUGGCGAUGCCAGCAUGCAGAAAAGGAAACGAUCCAAGGAAAGCAGAUAAGAGAUGAACUACAAGCAGAGCUUCAGACUGCACUCGCAGAGGUCCAGGCACAACUUCUCAGGAAUACCAAAACGGAUCAUCAGGGUACUGAAGACACUCGGAGGACCAGCGGGGCUACAUCAGAGGCUACAGUAACACACAUCAUCCAAACUUCAUGCAGAGACAUAGUCCAAAGAGCAGUAGCCCAGGCUAAGAAGGAAUGGAAAACAAUGAGUGAAGAGAAUUUGAGCCGUGCUUUGAAGGAAACGCAGAAACAGCACGAAGGAGAAAUAAAGAAAAUGCAAACAGUCUUAUCCCAGCAGAGGGAGCAGUGUCAUUGCAGGAAGGAGUGCAGUGAAAGUGUAAGUAAGCUGCAGAAGAAGAAUCAGGAGCUCCAGAGACAUUUAGAGAAAACCUGUCGACAACUCCAGCACAGCGUUAGAGAGCACAAAACUGCCAUACAGCAUCUCAAAGAUGAGCAUGAAAGCGUCUUACAGAGGGCAAAGGAGGAACAUCUGCAACAGUUAGAGGAAGUGAAGAGAGCAACAGAAUCAUCAGGAAGUUCUGGUCAGCAGCAAAAGCUUCAGCAAGGCCUGGAGGAGAUGAAGCAGCAGUACCUGAUGACUGUGGAAAAGAUCAGAGGAGACAUGCUGCGUUACCUCCAGGAAAGUCGAGAGCGUGCAGGCGAGAUGAUCCGCAGGGAAGUGCAGAGGGAGAGGCAGGACACUGCUAGAAAGAUGAGGCGGUAUUAUCUGACCUGUCUGCAGGAGUUAUUGGAAGAUGGAGGAAAGACCGCAGGUGCUGAAAAGAAAAUAAUGAAUGCUGCAAGCAAGCUGGCUGCCAUGGCCAAAGUGCUGGAGACUCCAAUCAAAAGUAAAUCAGCAAAGAACCAGAGUUUACAGAGAUGUUCAAUGGCUGUAUCCACCACUGGCUGCCCUCCAGGUAGAAAUGCAGGUUUCACUAAGAACCUGCCAACCCUCACUGAGCUUCCUGACUUCAGGACAGAAGAGAGAUGCCUCAGGGAAAAGACUUGUGCUGAUUCAGAACAGAAUCCAACCGCAGAUGUGAGAACUAAACUUUUGAGCCACCUGGACAUUCUUGCAUCAAGGAGGGAGGAGACCUCUGUGGAUGAAGGGAUGAAGCCCCAAAAUGUUUAUACCACCCAGCCGUCGUACAAAUCCUCUCAUCAAACGGUUUCUCCAUCCCACAUGAAUUUGGUCAAUGUGUCUGUGAGGUGUAAGAGCAGGGAGAUGUACAUGCAGGGAGGUGACUCGAGGAAAGCCGAAACCCAUUUGGAUUCACAGCGUCAGAGAAAACCUGUCCUCAUCCAGGAGGCUCCUGUCAGGAAUGAGAAACAGAACGACUGGAGCAUGACUAGUGGUGACUCUGACACAGACUUCCAAGUCCCCAGACUGUCCUACUCAGGGAGGAAAGUGGAACCAGUGAAACCCUUUUCUGUGUCGGCUGCAUCAGCCAGCAACAUAGGGGAAUUCAGCAGUCUCAGCCCUGAUGUUUCUGACCUCACUGUUUAUAAUGAGAUUUCUAAGAAGACUCCUGACACAGAGACAUUUGUGCAUGCAAAGAGGAGUAUGCACAGAGAGCCUACUCCUGGCUCUGAAUGUGAGAAGCUGCAGGAAGGCUGGUCAAGGCCUCCGUUUUCUGAGUUGAGGCAGUGCCAACAGGACAGUGGCUUUGACAGUCCCUUCUACCAACAGAAAUAACAAGCGAAGGGCAGACAUGAGGUAAAGUUUCAGUUAGCUCAUCAAAUGGUGCCUUACAGUGUCAAGUGUUUACAUUAUAUAAAAUUUUGUCCUGAAA